UUGAAAAAGAGUUAGUCGUCUCGAUGUAGGUGCAUGCUAUGACCGCUUCAUUACUCCUCCACUCGCACUGGAUUGACCCGGUGAUGUUUCUCUACGACAACGGCUUGGAGGACAGAAGCAAGAACAUGGAAGGCUUCACUGGAGGCAAUUUCGCAGCAAACCAGUGCAGGAAUUUGUUAGCGCAUCCAACCUCGCUGGCUCCGAGCACCACCUACGCUCCGAGUGAGGUGCCAGUCUCUGGCAUGGGGGAGCCGGGCAAACAAUGCAGCCCCUGUUCCGCCACUCAGAGCUCGCCCAAUGCAUCUUUGCCUUAUGGAUAUUUUGGCAGCAGUUAUUACCCGUGCAGGAUGUCACACGGCAGCGUCAAGGCUUGCGCGCAGCCCUCCGGUUAUGGCGAUAAAUACAUGGACUCCUCGGUCACUGGCGAGGAGUUCUCCAGCAGGGCAAAGGAAUUUGCGUUUUAUCAGGGCUAUUCGUCUGGUCCGUGCCAGCCCAGCUACUUGGACGUCCCCGUUGUACCUGCGCUAAGUGCUCCAUCCGAGCCAAGACAUGAGUCUCUGCUGCCCAUGGAGCCCUACCAGCCAUGGGCCAUCACCAAUGGUUGGAGUGGUCAAGUUUACUGCAGCAAGGAGCAGCCGCAGUCAAAUCCUCUGUGGAAAUCCUCGUUACAAGACAGUAUAUCUGGUGGAGACAGCUCUGUCCGGCGUGGGAGAAAGAAGCGUGUGCCAUACACCAAGGUGCAACUCAAAGAACUGGAAAGGGAGUACUCCGCCAAUAAAUUCAUCACCAAGGACAAAAGGAGGAGAAUAUCCGCGCAGACAAAUUUAACAGAGAGACAAGUGACAAUCUGGUUUCAAAACAGGCGCGUAAAGGAGAAGAAAGUCGUCACUAAAUUCAAGAGCUCCAGUUAGCUCUGGAGUUACUGAAGCGGGGGGUGACGGACCUUCAUCCAAAAAGCUGGCCUAUAAUUUAUUACAAUAUCAACGGUUUCUUGGUUGCCAGAGCGGCUCUGUUUUUGAGCUACAAUUUUCCUGCCUCACGUUUUAAUUGAAACCAGUCGAUGCAGCCUGUUGACAGAAGAUCGGAAAUGGGUUGCAACAUAUUGACCAAGGCGAUUCUGCCCGGAUCUCCUUCAAAACAUUCACCAUAUAAUAAAACUGUCGGUCUCAAAGGCACAAGUCACCCCGAGUAAGCCUGCGCUUUAAUUUCAUUUAAACCAGUCCGGAAAUUAUGUCUGGAAUAUUUAAAAUGGUAUUUAGACAUUGAUCCUGUGACAAACCAAUGCGGUUGAACUGGCGGAUUCAGUUUACUAAACCUCUGAUCUGAAAACAAGCUAAAUUUAAGAAGUAAUUGAAUAAUCCAAAAUGAAUUUCUAACAUUAAAUCAACGGGAUACAUCAGGUAUAUACAUAUAUAGAGAGAGAGAGAUGCGGAUCUUGUCAUUUUCAUACAUAUUUUCACCGGAUUACAUUCAACACUAAUAAUAAUGGCCUACAACACUUUACAAAAAUUGUUUUUUGUGAACUCAUUCAUGAGCUCACAGUACAUCCCAAGCCUUUCCGUUUGGAAUGAGCCUCUAUGUCAGUAUCUGAUUCAAACGUUAUGAAACGUUAAACUAGUCUGAGCAUUUAUUGGUUAUUCCCACACUUUGUCCAUGUUACUGUCAGGUUUUUUUUUCAGAAAAAGACGGACCUUUGCUAUUUCAAUCUGUCAGUCAAAAAGAGUACUGGAAAUGUAAGCAUAUUUAAAUACUUUCUGACUGCAACUAUCUAUUCCCGAUUUUUUGACUGCAAUAGCCAACGUUUUUUUGACAAUAAAUGUUUGAGAGAUGCUG